AUGGUGUCGCCGCAUGCCACGGAUGCAAAUGCUUUUUUUGGCGUUCCGUCAAGACAAAUGCCCAAUAUGUCUGCCGAUUCGGUGGCAACUGCGCCAUUGACGUCAGUAAGCAAAAAUUAA